AUGUUAGCAGAACGAAGCCAGCUUAUGAAGAAAAUCGCGAGUGAUAAUGAUUUCACCGAUCACCAAGUCACAACCACAACAGAAAGUGUGAGAGGUGACAAUUACAUGGGCAAGAUCACCACUGUUACAGAAGAGGAUGGCAACAAGAAAAUGGGGCUGAUACUGAGGUCAGCUCAUGUGGGGAAGAUCAGAAAGCAAAUGUCAAUACACAAAGUCCAUCUUCGCGAGAUAUUCUUAUACGAGGAAGACUUCGCGAAGUUCAAGGAGUUUCAGGAAGAGUACCGCAUAUCCAAACCAUUUCAGAAAUACGCCAAGCUCUACGCAACCAGACACAAAAUUAUUCGAUUAGUAGAUUGGUUCCGUAGAGUAGGAAAAAUGACUUCGGUGGAGCUGUCAGCAGAACAGAGUCAGCUAAUAGAAAAAAUCGCAAGUGAUAAUGAUUUUAUCGAUCACCAAGUCAAAGCCAUAACAGGUAGUGUGAAAGGAGAUAAUUACUUGGGGAAGAUCACUUCCGUUACAGUUGAAGAUGGCAACAGAAAACUAGAGCUGAUACUGAAGUCAGCUCAUGUGGGCGAGAUGAGGAAUCAAAUGCCAAUCCACAAAGCCUACAUGCGCGAGAUAUUCGUUUACGAGCAAGUCUUCGCGAAGUUUAAGGAGUUUCAGGAGGAGUACCGCAUAUCCGAACCAUUUCAGAGUUACCCAAAGCUCUAUGCGACCAGUGAUGUAGAGCCCAAGGAGUGUCUAGUUAUGGAGAACCUGCGAGAAAGCGGUUACAAGCUGUGGAACAGGAAGCAACUCAUGAAUCCAGAACAUAUAUCUGCAGUGCUGAAAGAGUACGCCAAACUUCACGCAGUCUCCUUUGCUAUGGCUGAAAAGAAGCCAGAGGAGUUCAGGAAACUUGCUGAAGUGAUGAAGAAUCAUAUUUGGGAGAAUGAUAGGGAGCUGACGGCUACGUAUAUUAGAUCGGUGAUGAAUCAAGUUCUGGAAUUUUUCGAAGAUGAUCCAGAUACAACUGAAGUUCUCGAAGCGUUCGAGAAACGUUUACCUGAUAUGUAUUUCGAUCCGUCAAAUGAUUCCGAGAGUUUUGUGUUCGAUCAUGGGGAUUGCUGGUGCAAUAAUUUGAUGUUUGGAUACGAGAAUCAAGAUAACUCUUCUGUUCCAUCGAGCGUCAGAAUCAUCGACUGGCAGUUAUCCAAACUUGCUUCCCCAGCAAUGGACUUGUCCUACUUCUUUCUGGUACACAGUCCCAAAGAGGUUCUCUACGACUACGAAAAAUAUCUGAAACUCUACCACGAAACCCUCAGCAAGAACCUACGGGAGUUUUCCUGCGAUCCUGAGACGUUGUUUCCCUACAGUGUCCUUUUGGAACAUUGGAAGAAGAGGGCAUGCCUGGGUGUCUAUACGGCCUUCUCUAUUGUGAAGAUAAUGCUAUGCGACUCCGAAGAUGCUCCUGAUUUGGAUGAGGUCGUUGAGGGUGGCAAGGAUUUGAUGGAAAUCUUCAACUUCUCUCCGAAAGAUGACGGAGUUUAUAGGACGAGAAUUCGAGAUCUUGUGGAGUUCAGUAUCAAAACAGGGUUGUUAUGAAAGUAUUAUUUAUAUCGGAACUAGUCAAAUUGAAUGAACAGUAUUUUGAUAAGUAAUUGAUUUAUUGUAAUUAAAUUGAGUAAGUAUUCACUUCUCUCUUACAU